ACAGUUUUAUUAUCUAUAGCAUUGUUUUUCUUAUUGAAUUUCGCAUCAUUUCGUAUUUCAUAAUUUGUUUAUUUCUUUUAUUUCUUAAUCGCAUUAGUUUUUCUGUAUGUAGAAAAUAAAAAAAACAUGGCAAAUCAGGAGAUAAGUUUGAAAUGGAAUGGAUUUCAGAGUAAUAUAUUGACAAAUGUGAAAGAAUUAUACAAAGACGAGGGUUUAUCGGAUGUCACUCUUGUUUCCGAAGGCCAGUGUUUUAAAGCUCACAAAGUUAUUUUAUCAGCUAACAGUUCGGUGUUCAGGUCCAUAUUUCAGCAAAACCCCCACAAGGAUCCGAUUAUAGUGCUUCAUGACAUCAACACGGCUUCCCUGCGCACUCUGCUGACGUUUAUGUACAAUGGUGAGGUUAAUGUGACUGAGGAGUUUCUGCCAAUUCUUCUGAAGACUGCAGACACACUGCGGAUUUGCGGAUUAUCUACUGGAAAUGAUGCUUCUAAAGAGGAUGAGGUAAACUGUAACAUAUUGGAAAAGCGUAAGAAGAGUGAACAUGAAGACAACAAUAAUAAAUGUAAAAAACUGGCCAACAAAACAGAUUUGACUGCAUCAGAACCUGUAAAAACCUCGAACAUUACACCCAAAGUGGAACCUAUUGAUUCACCAUUAACCGAUUACUCUGGAGAAAACACUAAUGACACAGACAUUGCACUCCUUGAAGACGCAGAAAAGAAAUAUUCCGUCAGCUCGGAAAAUACAAACAAAUCAGUUUGUACUACUGCACCAAAUGACCGUAAUGUUAAGAAAUGGGUCAGCGAAGUAAGUAGUACUCAACCCUGCCUCAAUAUAAGUGAUAAGAGUAAUGGAAUAACUGUUGAUGAUGACAAGGAGAGUAUAGAGAUCGAUAAAGAAGUGGAAACGGUGCUACAAAGUGGUACUAUUGUUGAGUCGUUGAGUAUAACCACGGAGAACUUGAAUUCUGUGUCGAGUGAAGCACAAAAUUGCAAAGACAAGACAAACACAUGCUAUGCUAAUCCUUCGUUUCCGUGCCCGUUUUGCCCGCGAGUAUACAAUAGUUGGGGGUACAGACGGAGACAUGUGAAAUCAAGGCAUGUUACAAACAGGUUGUCGUGCAAGUGGUGUGUGUCAGUGCUUCCGUCUACCGGCGCGUGGUACUCCCACGCCACUCGCACGCACGGCGUCCCACACGAAGAGGCGAGGAACUCGUUAGUGGUCAUGGUUGAGGCUCAUGCAGUGUUGACUCUGAACGAACCCAGUGUCACCCAGUUACUGGGUCAAGUCAGUAUGGACGGCAGUGUCACAGAGAAAAUUAACUAGGGUAUGGUGUUUAAUAUUACAUUGGGUGUAGACUUUCUAGUUUUCUUUGAAGGAUUUGUUUGUGAUUUUCUUGUGGGUUUACAUUAUUUUGAUGAAUGAUUGCCUAUACGAAUACAAAGCUAAAAUGGUGUCAAAAAGUGAGACAGCAAUAUUUUGAUAUUAACAUAUUUUCAUUACAGAUAGUUUAGAAAUUAUAAUUCUUAAUUGAUUAAUGAUUAAUUAAUAUAAAAAGUGUGUCAAAAAAAUUAUAAUUAAUUAACAUUAUUGUACACCAUUCAAUGGCAUUCAUGGAUAUGAGAGUGAGUUGGUUUUGACAGUUCUUAUACUGCACACAAACAGAAAACAUUUAUAAAUAUAUUUUAUGGGCAUAUAAAUAUUUAUUAUAAUUAAUCCGUAAUUUAGGAUUUCCAAGAUAUUAUAAAUUUCUUUCCCUUUACAAAUCUGUGUUAUUACGAAUUGAUGGUAUUGAAAUUAUUCAGGAAUUUGAUAUAUCAUAAUAUUUUUACAAGAAAUAACUAAUUUUCAUUUGAUCCGGCUGUAAAGUUUUUAUAAUUAUACAUGAAUUGUUAUUGAAAUUUUACAUCAUAACAUAAGACAGGAAAUAGCCAUAGUAUUAUAUCAAAUAGUAAUUCCGUUAUGUUUGUACAUUUAAUAGUAGUAUUUUUUUUGUCACAUUAACACCUGUAUUUUCAUAUAAAAUUAAGAGGACUCAGUCUUGGCUUUAUCUGACAGCCAACUGAAGUGAAGUGGCAUAACAAUGUUAAUCAAUCACAGUUCCCUAUUCUAUGCGCGUACGCACGAUAGGUCUUCAAGCUUAUCGUACUGAGAAAUAAGUCUAGAUUAGCAUUGCUGUAAGACUAGGGUACAGAUACUUUACUAUAUACAUAUUUUCACACCUUUUACUCAGGAGUAGGCAAAGGCGCAACAAAUGCACACAUUAUUCACCAUGUGUAUCCCCUUAUAUAUGAUAUAGGCCUAUCUAUCGCCAUAUCGUGAACAAAUUCCCGUCUCUGGGGGGCUACUAAGAAAUCGCCAGUAUCACUUUGUCCAGCUCGGGCUACGAAUCAUUGAGGUAGAUAGUACUCCAGUACAACUAGGCAACCAAGGUAGUCUAUACUUUAAUAUCUUUGAAUAUGGGUGUUAAUGUCUGGUUAAAUUUUUCGCCUCAUUGUGACGUAUUAAUGCAAACAGUGGCCAGUUUGGGGCUUAAUGAUAGUCCUCGCAAUUCACAACAUGGUCAGUAAUUUAUUUCCAAUUUGUACAUGCACUUAUUUUUUAAGUACCUAAAUCAGUUUUGACGUCAAAUGUUUAAUAGAUUUUUAAUUCAAAAUUUUACAUUCGAUAAAGCUUUAGUUGACUUUGUAUUCUUGUGCGUUCGUCCUUAAGAAUUUACCUGAAGGAGCAUAAUAGAAUAACACAUAUCUUAAUUUUACAGAUUUUAUUUCAUGCUAUUUUUCUCUUUAAUUAACCGCUUUCUCGCCUUUAAAUAUCAAAAAUUACAAAAAUAAUUUAUUUUAUCCUAUGCUCCUUAACUUGGAUAAUACUUGAAUUUAAUAUAAUUCAUUUGGCGUCACCAAAUUGUGUCCGAACACAAUAUUAACGUUUUAAUUUGUAUAAAUAAUUUUGUACAUAUUAAAAUUUUCAUGAUCUCAAUAAAACGUAGUCAGUUGAUUGUUAGUCAUAAGGUUCAUUAUUCAUGUGUAAUGCAUAAUUUUAGUUUUUUUGCAUUUAACAUUUAGGUUUGUUUUAGUUAAUGCGAGUGAUACUUGUUUGGGGUGUGUGUGUGUGUGGGCUGUAAAAUUAUAUUUGUCAUAACUUAAUCACUACGGGACAUAAAUAUUUUGAGGUACUUUUUGGUAAAAAUUUAGGUGUUUUGUGAUUCUUAUAUAAGAAAAUCAAUCAGAACCGAGACAAAGCCUUUCCCGCUACAAAAGUCUCUAAUACACUGAAUGACGCGCCAUCUAUUAAAAUAUCAGAAUAACUAUUAUAAUAUUAUAAUUUUAUCGUAAUAAUAAUAUCAUAGUUUUAUCAUAAUUUUAUAAAAUAUGAUAUUAUAAUUUUAACUAUUAUAAUAUCAUAUUUUAUAAUCGAUCAUAAUACAAUAUCAUAAUUUUGUUAUUAUGAUAUUUCUAUAUAUAUCUAUUUAAAUAUCAGAAUAACAAAAUUCCAUUAUUUCCUAUGACAGCAAAUUAUCGAGAUUAAAAUAGCCUAUGUGUUAAUCCAGGAUGUGAGCUUCCCGUGUGCCAAAUUUUACCCAAAUUCUUUAAGUGGCUACUGUGUUUACUUCUAACAAACAUCCAAACAUGUUUACGUACUUUUGCAUUAAUACUAUUGCUUAAAUUGGCCAAUAUGAAAAAUAUCGUAAGGUAUGUUUUUUUCAUUCUACUUUUAUUUAGAGACUUUUAUCCAAAGGUGAAUGUCAGUCCCAUCGUAUCCUAAUCCAUAUGAUGCUGUAAAGUAAUCUUACUAGUGAAAAUUCAACUUAUUGAUGCAUAAAUAUAUUAAACAACGCGCAAGUUUCUUCUUAACUAUCGUAAGCUAUGAUGACGUCAUACACGCACAUCCCAACAAGUUUCUCAAGAUUUGAGUAUAAGUUUCACAGUCGAACUAAAAAAUAAGUCACGAUUUUUAUUUAUAAGUCGUUUGUGCUUGUGCACACGCAUAGUAAGCACUUAAUGCAAAUAUAGCAUUAUAUGAGGCCAGGAAUUAUUGCGUUACUAACUUUAUGCAGUCCACAUGACAUUUAACCCUCCGAAAUGAGGCUGCCUGUUGUUUCCUGUGAAAAGUUUUUUUUUUUUUUUAACGAGGGACAGGGCAGUUCUUUAAUGAAUAAAUAGUUAUUUGGUUUGAUUGCGUUGUAAUGUGAAUAACGUUUAAUAUUUUUGUAAACCGGGAAACGGACCUUUCAUGGUUGGGUUUAUUUUCCUUAUGAAAUUACACAUUUUUUAUAUUUAUAUGGGAUUGCUAAAAAUAAAGUUUAGGUGGUGUUUUCUCACAUAUGAGUAUAGAUGUUGAAGGCAGCGCCAAGCGAGGGUCCCUGGUAUGUAGAAUGAGAGUCCAAAAUACGUCGCCUAAAUGUUACAGGUCCACAAUAAAAAAAAACAUUACUAAUAAUGUCAUAUAACUGAUUAAAAUCUGUAAUGGGUACAAAUAGCUUUUUAUAUGUACCUUAAGCGCGGACCCCUUUACCAGGCCCUAAGUACGGCACUGGCUUUAGUUUGCGAACUUUGUAUAAUAAUAUUAGUAUAUAACAUCUCAUUGCCUUUGCAAUCCCAAAUACAGGACGCGUUGAGAAUAGUCAAUGUCCAAAUAUUAUAUCAUUUCGAACACGACUGAAUUGGUAGAGCUUAAGAUGUCUAAAAUUUGAUGUAGUCUAUAAAUGCUAAUAUUUUUUAUAAUGCUUUUGGGAUAUUUUAUAAUUAAAUAUUAGAUUUAAGUCAAUUACUAAGAUAUUCGGCAAUAACAUUAGAAUGUGAUUUCUAGAUGUAAAGAUAUAUAUGGAAAAAAAUGUUCAUCCUGUAUUCGAUAUGAGGCCUAAAUUCUAAACAAAGAGAGUAAAGUAUAUUAAUGAAAAUAUCUAAAUAUUUUUUGGACUUUAUUAUGCUUUGAUUUUAUAUGCACUUUGCAGUUAGAACAGUGUAAGGCAGUUGGUAAUUUGUGAACUUAAAGUAACAUUAUGUUUAAACUUAAUUAUAUUUGGGAUGAAUUAACGUGCCAUAUUUAUCGAAGAGUAUGAAUAAGUAACGGUAAGAUAGUGUUUGAUGUGUUUAAAAUUUAAAAACUUGACAUUUUGAUGCACGCAGUAUAUUUUAGAGGCCAUUUUUCUCCUAUGUUCGUAUUCGAUACAAACCACACAUUGUGGGUAGUUGAACAUUGAAUUAUCUAGUCAUAAAAUUAUUAUCAUAACCUUCAAUAAAAAUGGCGUGUUAUUACAAAUAAUAAGGGGAUUCCUUAGGAAAGAAGCUAAGGUAACAAAUAUGUGCUUAAAGGUACAGUUUACUAUACUAUAUAUUGUGGCGAUAAAUUGUCGCUAUUGCAAAUUAUUAUGUAAGGAAAAUAUAAUUACCGUCUUAUUAAACGCUGUAUAGCUCUGUCACAGUUGAAUAAUGAUUUGUCUUGCUUUUUCUGAUGUUAAUGUCAUUCACCGUAGUGAGAUAAAAUACAGAAUGACUAUUAGAACUGUAUGCAAACUUAUUUAUUAUAGUUCGGGUAUUGUAUAGCACACUUUUAAAGAUUAAUUUGAGUUAAAUUAACAAACAAUUAAAUAACUGUAUUUUCUAUCGAACAAUGAAGUGGCGCCAUCUAGCGAAACGUCAAACUACACACAAAAUUAUUUACUGCACAUGUCAGCCAAUCGACACAUAUAAUAUUUUCUUAAACAUAUCAAACUGUACAAAAUUUUGAAGAGCUUCAAUAAUAUGAAACAUAAUAUCGUAGAGUUUACUACAUAUAGGAACGUAUGGAAAAAAAUAUUAUUGCUAAAAUGAUAUCUAAUCAAACAUAUGCCAUUAUAUUACUUAUAAAACAUAAUAAAUAUUUUGAUAUAUGGGUAUAUAGCUUCGUAUAAUAAAUCUGAUGGACCAUAUUAAAUAACUAACAUUUGCCCCUUGUUUAUAUAUUUGGACGAUGUUUAACUAAUCAGAAACGAAUGUUUUGUCUUAUACUGGUAUAAAAUAUAAACAAGGGAAAUGUGUUUAACAAUGUAUGAAUUUGACCACACUCUUUAGGUUAAGUUGUAAUAAUAGGUUACCAAAGCAAUGUUGAUUAAGAUACGUAAUAAAGUUUGGAUAUUAUAAAUAUAAUAUUAUAUAUACGUAUUUUUGUAUGACAAGUGACGAUUGUCCGGAGAAUGUAAAAUUUGAUGUAAGAAAUGCGUGCGUGUUGUACUUUGCACAGUAUUUGACGUUAAUAUUUUAAUUAUAAUAAUUUAAAUAAAGUUUAUUAUUAAUUAAAUAUUUUUUGGUGAAAUGUAAUUUCCAAACGUAUUAUUUAAAAACAAUACUCUCAAUCUAUACUAAUGUGUUCUUUACAUACCCAGAAUUCCAUAAAAUAAUCUUCCUAUUAUAGUAUAAUACACCGUAACAAAAGUUACUUGCUAAAGUCUUGUAGUGUGCAAAGUAUUACAACAUUAUGAUACGCCAUAAUUCGCUUUAAGGUUUAUUUUGUAUUCAAUAUACUUAACUCUAUUGAGAUAAAUUAUUUACUUAUGAAACAUAACAAAUUUAUAUGACUUAACAAACUUAUGGCUUUAAAAACUUAAUUGUCAACAUAUAAAAUAGUUUUACGCCAUAAUAAUAAAGAGAUGUAUGCGGACUUCCAAUGCAAUGGAGAUUAAAUAUAUUUUUUACAAAUCAA